AUGAGCGCAAGAACCUGGAUCACUGCGGAGCUAGCGUUUGCGGGCCAGGUGCUCGAUAAUCAAACAGAAAACUGUGCAAUUCAUGUUAAUGAAACGUUCAAUUGCCUGGAAAAGCUGAUAGGUGGCCACAUCAAGGUGGAGCGAGAAGCUGGAAAACCCCCGGCGGGUCCAGAGGAAAAUGUUGACGCAGAAAAAGACGAAAUCAAAUUCACCACAGUAUCGCUUGCGGCUCCGAAAUCGGAAAUUGUGCUUCAAAAGAGAGCCUGUCUCUCCCCCAUCCGUUCACCGGUUCACAAGAAGAUGGCCCUGACAGAGAGCCCACAACACCGCUUUGUGGGCAUUCCCGGAAGCCAUACCGCCAGACGGGCAGCGUCUCGCAGUGUCAACACAAUUCCAAAGCCCCGGCUGGGUGCUAAUGCGUCCAAGGUGUCGCGAUCUGUCUCUCCAGCAAAGACACAAACAUUACAGUCGCCUCGACGACCAUUGAUUGAAGUGUCGAACGUUUCAACAAAGGCGGCCGGCGGACAUGCAGAGAAAAAGCAAAUACUACCAGCCAAUCAGUCGCCGCGUAAGAAAGAGCGCGAGCUUACCGGGUUGGCUAGGUUACUUCUUCCUACAAGUGCUAGCGCUGCCAGAAUCCAGAAAGCAAGAAAUUUGACUGAGAACUGCGAUACUCCCAUGACUCACAGGACCGAACAAGACAAUAACGGGUCAAACAGACAACCAAGGGCUGUUACGACCAGAGUCAAUAGUGCUGGAAGCAUUGUGUAUGAUGACGAUAUGGUCAGCCAUAAGACAAUGGUUGGUGCUACCGUUAUUGAAGUUGUUGACAAGGACAGUAAAGCUGCAGCACAUGAAAUAAAGCCGCUACUAGCCAAACUCAACACGCCCAAGGCAGGGCGACAGAUCUCGUCACAAAAGACAGAAGCUACUGUUCCUACAUUAGAAGCUCGCAAGCCUCCUGCAGUUUCCAAACCUGCACCAGUGAUUGCGAAUGCACCAGUGACCGCGAAUACUACAGGUGAAGCUAUGCCGCCGCCUAGUAUGAGUUUGCCGAAACUCAAAAUACCCCUUCGCCCAGCACUUGGACAAGCUACGGCACAGGCUCAGCGUAUUCAGGUUGUUGGUCUUCCUCCCGUGAUGCAAGCAGAAGUCACUCUGCCUGACAUUUCUGACUCUUCGGAGGGCUCUAUUUUACAAGAUUGGGCCUAUACCCCCGAGGUAGCAGAGCGCAUCCGUCGCCAGAUCAACAUUGAUCCAGUCUCUGUAUUCGGACCGAUCAAGCCGGUGGAAAUGACUACGAUCUUCAAACGCAAGUUGCGCCCUCGCACCUCGUCUGCGAUCUGGGAUAUCGAUGGGCUCACUGCGCAAGAACGCCAAGCGUACCAAGAAAGUAUGGGCUUCAAACCAUGA